CCCGAUCAUGCAACUCGCACAAUAAACUGCUCAUUAGGGUUUUGCUUUGUGCUCUGUGCUCUGUCUCAGCUUCUCAUUUCCCCCCUUUCCUCUUUCUCCUCGUCGUCUUCUCCUCCUUAUUCAUUUCGUUGUAUCUCUAGCCGGAGAUAAGCGGCGGCGAUGGCGGACAAGGCGUCGGAGGAGGUGAUGCUUCUACAUGGUGACCUUGAUUUGAAAAUUGUUAAGGCGAGGAGGUUGCCGAACAUGGAUAUGUUCUCUGAGAACCUCCGUCGCUGCUUCACCGCUUGCGACGCUUGCUCUACGCCUUCUGCGAAUGCCGGCGACGGAGACGGAGGAGGAGUUAAGGAUAGAGAAAUACAUACCCACCGGAAGAUCAUCACCAGCGAUCCGUACGUCACUGUCGUGGUGCCGCAGGCGACUCUCGCUCGCACUCGCGUCGUGAAGAACUCUCAAGAUCCUCACUGGGACGAGCAUUUCGUCGUCUGCUUGGCUCAUCCGUUGGCUUACCUCGAGUUCCAGGUCAAGGACGACGACACAUUCGGCGCGCAGGUCAUCGGCUCCGCUAAGAUCCCGGUGAAGGAGAUCGCCUCUGGCGACCUCAUCUCCGGUUGGUUCCCCCUCCUCGGCGCUUCGGGGAAGCCGCCGAAGAAAGAGACCGCAAUUUAUAUCGAGAUGCAGUUUACGCCGUUCGAUCGGCACCCAAUCUACCAUCGGGGAAUCCCCGGAGACCCGGAGCAGGAUGGCGUCAAGGGGACCUACUUCCCUCUGAGGAAGGGGAGUCAGGUGAGAUUGUAUCAGGACGCUCAUGUCAUCGACGGAAUGUUACCGGAGAUCGAUUUGGAUGACGGGAAGGUUUAUCGGCAGGAGAAAUGUUGGGAGGAUAUAUGUUACGCCAUUUCGGAAGCUCACCAUAUGAUAUACAUUGUUGGGUGGUCUGUCUUUCACAAGGUGAAGCUGGUGAGGGAACCCACGAGGCCAUUGCCGAGAGGUGGAGAUCUGACACUUGGGGAUUUGCUGAAAUACAAAUCGGAAGAAGGUGUUCGAGUUUUACUGCUUGUCUGGGAUGACAAGACUUCUCAUGACAAGUUCGGAAUUAGUACAGCAGGAGUUAUGCAGACCCAUGAUGAAGAGACUAGGAAGUUCUUCAAGCAUUCUUCUGUGAUUUGUGUAUUGUCUCCCCGCUACGCUAGCAGCAAGCUUGGGUUGUUCAAACAACAGGUUGUUGGCACUCUUUUCACACACCAUCAAAAGUGUGUUCUUGUGGACACUCAGGCUGCUGGCAAUAAUCGCAAGGUCACUGCUUUUAUAGGAGGUAUAGACCUAUGUGAUGGUCGCUAUGAUACACCUGAGCAUCGGCUAUUCCGUGAUCUUGACACUGUAUUUAAGGAUGAUUUUCACAAUCCUACAUUUCCAAAUGGUACCAAGGCUCCAAGACAACCUUGGCAUGAUUUGCACAGUAGAAUAGAUGGGCCUGCUGCAUAUGAUGUCCUCUUAAACUUUGAACAACGUUGGAGAAAGGCAACACGAUGGAAAGAGUUUAGCUUGCGUUUCAAGGGGAAAAGUCGUUGGCAAGAUGAUGCUCUGAUCCGGAUAGGACGCAUAUCAUGGAUUUUAAGUCCAGCGUUUUCGAUCCUGAAGGAUGGUACUUCAGUAGUUCCAAAGGACGACCCAUUAAUUUGGGUUUCCAAAGAAGAUAAUCCUGAGAAUUGGCAUGUUCAGAUAUUCCGUUCUAUUGAUUCAGGAUCAGUGAAAGGGUUCCCGAAUUAUCCUGAUGAGGCUGAGGCCCUGAAUCUCGUCUGUGCCAAACGUCUGGUAGUGGAUAAAAGCAUUCAAACUGCAUACAUCCAAGCAAUCAGAUCUGCUCAGCAUUUCAUAUAUAUUGAGAAUCAGUAUUUCCUGGGUUCUUCAUACGCUUGGCCAUCUUAUAAAGAUGCAGGAGCUGAUAAUCUUAUUCCUAUGGAGUUGGCACUAAAGAUUGCUAGUAAGAUCAGAGCUAGGGAAAGAUUUGCAGUGUAUGUCGUUAUACCGUUGUGGCCUGAAGGUGAUCCAAAAUCUGGCCCUGUACAGGAAAUUCUAUACUGGCAGAGCCAGACAAUGCAAAUGAUGUAUGAUGUUAUAGCACGGGAGCUGAAGUCGAUGCAGAUUUCAGAUGCUCAUCCUCUGGAUUACCUCAACUUUUACUGCCUUGGUAAACGUGAGCAACUUCCAGAUAACAUGACUAAUGGCAACGGCAACGGCAAUGGCAAUUCGGUCCCGGAUUCAUUUAAGUUCCAGCGGUUCAUGAUUUACGUGCACGCGAAAGGGAUGAUAGUAGAUGAUGAGUAUGUAAUCAUCGGAUCUGCCAAUAUUAACCAAAGAUCAUUGGCUGGCACAAAAGACACGGAAAUAGCAAUGGGCGCAUAUCAACCCCAUCAGACAUGGUCUAGCAAGGGGAAACAUCCACGUGGCCAGGUAUACGGGUACAGAAUGUCGUUAUGGGCGGAGCAUAUGGGUGUGACGGGUAACCAUUUCGUGGAGGCAGGGGAAGUGGAAUGCGUAAAAUCGGUUAACCGUAUCGCGGAAGACAACUGGAGGAAAUUCAUAUCACCGGAAUUCACGGAGCUGCAAGGUCACCUUAUCAAAUACCCUCUACUAGUCGAUUCCGACGGUAAGGUCAGCCCUCUUCCCGACUACGAGAACUUCCCCGAUGUCGGUGGUAAGAUCAUCGGAGCUCACUCCAUGACUCUUCCCGACACCUUAACGACUUAAAAAGUCCGAAUGUUUCCAUGAAAUCUUAUUUACCAGCGACAGGGACAGUGUGAUAGUUCUCGUUUUGUACAUUCUUUUGGAUUGUUAUGUGUAAUUUUACCUAUAAAUUCGUUGUGCCAACUUUGAAUAUUGUCGUCAGGAUUUGUAAGAUGUAAAGAAACUAUUGUGGGGUUGAUUUGUGUAAGGCAAAUAAAAUAAUGCAACCGGGUGAUCCAAUGUUUCUUA